AUGGCCAAGCCGCCGCGGCGUCUCCUUGCGACUUCCCUCCUCCUUCUCCUCCUCCUCCUCCUCCUCCUCCUCCUCCUCGUCCUACUGCACCACGACUCGCCGCGCGCCGCGGCGGCGGCGGUUACGCCGUCGUCUCUCGGUGACGACCUCCUGGGCGCGGCCCGCGCGCCGGGUUUCGCGGCGUGGCUGCGCGGCCUGCGGCGCCGCAUCCACGAGCGCCCCGAGCUCGCCUUCCAGGAGCACCGCACCAGCGAGCUCGUCCGCGCCGAGCUCGACGCGAUCGGCGUGCCGUACGCGUGGCCCGUCGCGCAGACGGGCGUCGUGGCGACCAUCGCCGGCGGCGGCGGCAGCGAUGGGCCCGUCGUUGCGCUCCGGGCGGACAUGGACGCGCUACCCUUGCAGGAAUUGGUAGACUGGGAACACAAGAGCAAGGAAAGUGGAAAGAUGCAUGCUUGUGGACAUGAUGCUCACACAACGAUGCUUCUUGGGGCAGCUAAAUUGCUUCAUGCUCGGAAGGAUGAUUUGAAGGGUACUGUGAGGCUUGUCUUCCAGCCAGGAGAAGAAGGUCACGCAGGCGCUUAUCAUAUUCUAAGAGAAGGUGUCCUGGAUGAUGUGUCGGCCAUUUUCGGCCUGCAUGUUGAUCCAGGACUUCCUGUAGGCACCGUUUCCUCCAGACCUGGGCCAUUUCUAGCAGCAUCAGGUAGAUUUUUGGUGACGAUCACUGGAAAAGGCGGACAUGCUGCAGGGCCACAGGAUGCUGUGGAUCCCAUUGUUGCAGCAUCCUCUGCCAUCGUCAGCCUUCAGAUGCUUGUUGCCCGGGAAAUUGAUCCCCUCCAGUCUGCAGUGGUCUCAGUGACGUUCAUGAAAGGAGGUGAUGCUCACAAUGUCAUUCCGGAGAAAGUAUCCUUCGGUGGUACCUUCAGGAGCUUGACAACAGAAGGCUUUUCGUAUCUUAUGAAGAGGAUCAAAGAGAUCAUAGAAGCUCAUGCCACCGUCCACCGCUGCACCGCCGUCAUCGACUUCAUGCAGGAGAAGCUCCGUCCAUAUCCAGCCACUGUAAACGAUGAAGGGAUGUACCAUCACGCCAGAGAAGUGGCAGAGACUAUGCUUGGGCAGGAUAACGUGAGGAUAGGCGCCCAGUUAAUGGGUGCUGAGGAUUUUUCCUUCUAUGCGCAGAAAUUCGCGGGGGCGUUCUUCUUUAUUGGGGUCCACAACACGAGCAUGGAGGCAAUGCAUCCCCUCCACUCCCCUUACUUUGUGAUUGAUGAGGACGUGCUCCCAGUAGGAGCUGCCUUCCACGCUGCAGUAGCGAUGGAGUACCUGAUCAAACACACAACCGCCGCAAACUGA